GGUAAAUCAUCAUCAUCAUCUUCAUUAAAAAAAAAAAGCAGCAGCAGCUAAGCAACACAGUAUUUUUGCUCAACAAUAAAACAAAGAAAAAUUAAUGAAAAUAUAAAAUAAAUCUAAUACUAAUCUAAAGCAGUGAUUGUUUGUUGCAUUUUAUUGUAAAAAAAAAAACAAAAUAAAUAAAUAAAACCAAAAAACACUUUCUUGUGAAGAAGAAAAUAUAAUAAUAUAAAAAAAACAAAAAGAAAAAAAAAACACAGAACGCAGCGAGCUUAAGCCAACAAAAAACGUAGUACGACUAGCAAAAGACACCACCAAUUUAAUUUUCAAAUAAAAAACAAAAAACCAACAACAAGAACAACUCUUAAAAACUAAUUAAACAAGUAGUCAAAAUCUAUAUGUAUGUAUGAUCAAUAUAUAUAUAUAUAUUUAAAUGCAUAUAUAUAUAGUAAAAUCAAUGCAAAUUAUAUUUACAAACUAUAACUAAAAACCAAAAUCAUUUUAGUAAAAAAAAAACCAAGUAAAAACCACACAAAAUAAAAGAAAAAACAAAAAGACAACCAAAUAAAAUAAAAGCAAAUUAACAAAAAAGAAAAAAUAGAUCGUAAAAAUUCGGUCGAUAACUUGAAUAGAUCAACUUAAACACAGAUCAUCAUAACCCCAUAUACUCUACCUGUAAGGAGCAAAUAAAAAACAUAUAUAUACAUAAAUAUAUAUUAAACAAUCACAACAACAACAAAGCAGCAAAAAAGCAGUAAAAACAAAAGAAACAAAAAACAACAUAAAAAUGGAGGACAAUAACACAAGCAGCAGUGCGGGCGGAGCGCCUAUCAAACACGAGGAUCCAUCGGUGACACUCACAAUAAGGCUGAUUAUGCAAGGAAAGGAAGUUGGUAGUAUUAUUGGUAAAAAGGGUGAAAUUGUCAACAGAUUUCGUGAAGAGUCUGGUGCCAAAAUUAAUAUUUCGGAUGGCUCAUGCCCGGAACGCAUUGUAACGGUGUCUGGUACAACUAGCGCAAUCUUUUCGGCAUUUACGCUAAUUACAAAGAAAUUUGAAGAGUUCAAUGAUGUAGGCAAAGUUGGUAAAACUCAAAUACCUAUACGCUUGAUUGUGCCAGCCAGUCAAUGUGGAUCAUUAAUUGGCAAGAGUGGCUCAAAGAUCAAGGAGAUACGCCAAACCACAGGCUGUUCCAUACAAGUGGCCAGUGAAAUGUUGCCAAACUCAACAGAACGUGCGGUUACCCUAAGUGGCAGUGCCGAGCAGAUUACUCAAUGUAUCUAUCAGAUAUGUCUUGUCAUGUUGGAGUCUCCGCCACGCGGUGCUACCAUACCAUAUCGACCAAAACCACAAGUAACUGGACCAGUUAUCUUGGCCAAUGGACAGGCCUUUACCAUUCAAGGCAAUUAUGCAGUGCCCACACAAGAGACCUGCCCAGUAUUUCCACUGGCUUUGGCUACCGGUGGCCUACAUGCUGGUAUUUCAGGCCUUACGGAUCCUUUAUUAAAGGGGGCACAUUUACAAGGAGCGGUGCCAGCACAUCACCAUCACCUACAGCAAAUGCCCGAUGUUGCCAAGAAUCCUUUGGCCAGUUUGGCUGCUUUGGGUCUAGCUGGAAUGAAUCCCGCCAGCACUGGUGGCAUCAAUCACACAGGCUCUAAUCCAGCAGCAUUGGCUGCCCUGGCCGGAUCUCAAUUGCGUACAGCAAACGCGAAUCGUGCCCAGCAACAGCAGCACGAGAUGACCGUAUCGAAUGAUUUAAUUGGCUGCAUCAUUGGCAAGGGUGGCACCAAGAUUGCAGAAAUACGCCAAAUCUCUGGGGCCAUGAUAAGGAUCUCCAAUUGUGAGGAGCGUGAGGGUGGCAAUACUGAUCGUACCAUAACCAUCAGUGGUAAUCCGGAUUCGGUGGCAUUGGCUCAAUACUUAAUCAAUAUGAGUGUUGAGCUGCAGAAGGCCAAUCUUCAAGAGCAGGCGGCUCAGGCAGCCCAACAGCAACAGAAUGGCGGGGCAACGCCCAUUGAUGGAACCGGAGCUGGAGCCGGAACCGGAACAAAUGGCACCACAGCCAGUGGCGCCUCGGGCAACUGCCUCACAGUGACUCUAAGUGGCGGCGGCGGGGGUGGUAAUGGGAGUAAUAGCAGCAGCAACAGCAGCACCGCCAGCAGCAAUGGCAGCUAUACUAAUGGCAGCAGUACCACCAACAGCAACAACAACAACAGCACCGCAGGAUCUGGUAAUGGCACAGGUGGCACAGUAACAGCUGCAGGCAAUGCCACCAACGCCACCACAAAUGGCACCACGUCCGCGUCAUCUGCCACCUCCGCAUCAGCCGCAGCAGCAGCAGCCGCCUCUGCGAUCAAUCCAGCGACAGCUGCGGCAUUGGCAGCCAGCCCAUUGGCAUCGGCCCUCCAGUUGCUAACCAAACCGGGUGCACUGAGUGCCCUAUCCAAUUUAAGUGCUCUGGACUUGCUCAGUCUGACCACGUUGGGUAACAAUAAUGGUGGCAAUACACCCGGCGGACCGCCGGUACAGACAACCGGUGUGAAUCGUGCCAAGGGCCAUUAUGCCACUUCACGUUUCCGUCAGCAUCAGACCGAGACUCUUGGUGAAUCGGAGAAGCCGCGUAAUAAAUUUAAUCCCUACUAGGAUUAGGCCCACACAUCUGAAAAGCCCCUUACAGGCAGCACUUAGGCGAGUAGAAGCCUAAAAGUAUACUAUGAUGAAUAAGACAAGACGAACAGAGCAAAAGUAGGAAGAUGAGAAUAACGCAAAAACAAAAACAAGAUUUUCUUUGCUUAGGAGAGCGAGAGCGAGGAAGCGAGCGAGCGAGACAGUGAGUGAGAGCGAAAGAGAAAGAUAGUUUCUAAUCUCUCAGCUCAGAUCAUAAGGAAGCGAUGAUGAGAAUAAGAAUUAGUGUUGCGACAGCUUUAGAGUUUAGAUUCUUGAAGAAAUAGAUAUAGAUUUAGAAAAAAAAGGCACCCAAAAUAAAUGAAAAGAAAAUCGAGAUUGAAUGAAUGUAAGGAAAAACAGAUGAAAAAGAAAACAAAACAAAAAAGAAAGAUGAGUGCAAAAAAUUGUAUAAAUAAUUCGGGUAUUCUUACAUGGUAAUCCAAAAAUUUGUAUUCGAAACAUUUUCAAGACAGUUUUUUACACAUAUACGAUUAUACAUACGAUAUAUAUAUUAUAUAUAUAUUUAUAAUAUAUAGCGCAUAGUGCAGUACAUACAUCAGUAU